UGCAAUCUAGCAGAUUGCAAAUAAGGCAAGUUAGCCAGAUCUGGGGCUGCAUCAUCGUUCAGCACAUCUGGAAGUGGUUUAUGGGCUCUCAUUCCUUUGGUGCCGCGUCUGGACUCUGUGCUAUUCCUCAGCAGCAGAGAGAGAAAAGAAAACCAGCACAACUCCAAAGUAAACUUUGAAGAGUUUGAAAAAGGAAUUGAAUCUUAGAACUGUUUCUGUGCCCUGUAAGGCCCUUGUACAGGGGACUUUAAAGGAGGACGAUGGGCAAGGAAGCUUUGGCAAGAGAGCUGACAGCUGUGGGCUAUCUAGGAUCCAAGUAAAAAGCUCUACAGCUCUUCAGGAGAAAGGAGUCCCGAUUACUGUGCUGCUUUGAAGAGGAGAAGUACUCCAGCCCUCUGAUCAUCAAGGAGCACUAGGAGGAGUGAUCAUAGGAGGCACUACUUUCAGAGCGGCCUACAUACAAGCCACUUUGCACAAGUUCCCCUUUUACUGUUGCUGGUGGGACAAUUCCUAGUUUGGGAAGUAUAUUCCGGCAAGAGACCACAGUUCUUAUCCAACAGAACACAUGGCUCUUUUAAAGAAAAUUAACCAGAUCUUACUGUUACUUCUUAUAUUAACCGUGUGUGCAAUUCUGUACAACAAAGUUCACAAAGCAUCAUCUGCCUUAAGGAAUGAAGCAGAUGACUUGGAGAGUCCUAAGGAAAUGGAGGAAGAAAUCCCAGUUGUAAUCUGCGCUGCUGCAGGCAGAAUGGGUGCAACUGUAGCAGCAAUCAGUAGCAUCUACAGCAACACAGAGGCUAAUGUUUUGUUCUACAUAGUUGGACUGAAGAACACCAUCCCGCAUAUUCGAAAAUGGAUUGAAAAUUCUAAACUAAAAGAGAUAAAAUUUAAGACUGUGGAAUUCAACCCCAUGGUACUGAAAGGAAAAAUCAGACAAGAUGCAUCGCGUCCUGAGCUACUGCAGCCUCUGAACUUCGUUCGAUUUUAUCUUCCUUUGCUUAUCCAGAAACACGAGAAAGUCAUAUAUUUGGAUGAUGAUGUCAUUGUUCAAGGUGACAUUCAGGAACUCUAUGAUACAAAGCUGGCUCCUGGCCAUGCUGCGGCUUUUUCAGAUGAUUGUGAUCUCCCUUCCACACAUGAGAUGGUUAGAAGUGUAGGGAUGCAGAACACAUACAUGGGAUUCCUGGACUAUAGAAAGCAAGCUAUUAGAGACCUCGGCAUCAGCCCCAGCACCUGCUCCUUUAAUCCUGGCGUAAUUGUUGCUAACAUGACUGAGUGGAAAAAUCAGCGAGUCACAAAGCAAUUGGAAAAGUGGAUGCAAAGAAAUGUAGAGGAAAACCUCUACAGCAGCACCCUUGGGGGAGGUGUGGCAACCUCUCCAAUGCUGAUUGUAUUUCAUGGAAAGCAUUCCACUAUUAAUCCUAUGUGGCACAUACGGCAUCUCGGUUGGAGUCCUGAUACCAGAUAUUCAGAGCAUUUUCUUCAAGAAGCUAAAUUACUUCACUGGAAUGGGAGAUAUAAACCUUGGGACUAUCCCAGCGUUCACACUGACCUCUGGGAAAACUGGUUUAUUCCUGACCCUUCAGGGAAGUUCAAAUUAACGCGACCUGACAGCUGAUAUUGAAAACACUUCAACGUAUUCAAACCUUUCGGUUUGCAGUAUGCAAAUAGUUGGUGAUGCAACACAUCAAAUCGUAUAACUAACUGAUUUUAGAAAAAUGUUGCUUAAAUACUGCCAUGAGAUGACUAUCAGUUUUGAGGGCUUAUGGGUGGUACGUUAGUUACACAGUUCAAAAUUUUUUUUUUUUACUUUCAAAUAAAGUGAGGAAACAAGUUUACUUUACAAUGAGAUAUUUUCACUGAAUAUUUACUGAGGUGAAGUCAGAUAAUGUGUUUCAAUGUGAGGUCCAGUAUCUGCCAGGAGAAAAAAAUCUACAAAGGAAAUAACUUCUGAUAUUAGAUACGAGGUGUCUUUAGUCUAUCAGCUGACAUAGAGCAGCUCAAAAUUAAAACUCAGGCAGCAUUUUAGUAAGUAGAAUUUAGCUGCAUGAUGAUCAUUUUGUAAAGUUUCUCUGCAGAACACUGUUUUUGUGCAGUCAGCGUAUGGCAUAGUCUGUAGCUCUGUAGAGUAUUUAGGCCACCACUAGCAGGAUGCAAAAGGACACUCAAAGACACUGUGAUACAAUUCCUGAUUUUAUUGUGAAACAGAGAGAGAUUUAAGACAGAUUAAGAACCUCUGGAUUACUGUAAUGAAAAGAGCACCGGUCCCAAGGGAGUACACAAACUACAGUACUGAGUGAGACGGUCA